GACAUGACGCACAACGGAUUAUCGAUACACCAACAUCAACAACAGAUCGCUAGCAAUGGCGAGGGAUCCGCUAAUGGUGUUCAUAUAAUCGAGGAUGCUGCCCAAAAAAGAGUUACAUUUCAAACAUCGUGGCACACACAGAUAUCAAACACGCCAUCCUUUAUCGUCCUUUCCAAGUUCCUGGGAGAAUUUUUUGGCACGGGCACUCUGAUGUUUCUAGGAUGUAUGGGCUGUCUAGAUGGUUUCGACAACGUUACAACCAACUUCAGCCGAGGCCUCAUCUUUGGCUUUACGGUUAUGGUGGUGAUCCUCACAUUUGGUGUAGUCUCUGGAGCUCACAUAAAUCCAGUUGUUUCAAUAGCCGCAUACAUCUACGGUGAUAUUUCGUGCAUGAUGGUACUAGUAUACUUUGUGGCUCAGUUUACCGGCGCUUUGUGUGGUUAUGGAUUGCUUAUGGGUGUUGCUCCUCAGACUUACUUCGAUCAAGCGUUAGUUGGUGGUCAUGGUAGUUGUGUUACGGCCCCACACGCCAGUCUUACAACAACAGCCGCUUUUGGAAUAGAAUUCAUUGUCACUGGAAUUCUUAUCUGGGCGUGUUGUGGUGUUUGGGACCCACGGAACGCUAAACAUCAGGAUUCGGCUCCAUUGAAAUUUGCGCUGCUCGUAGCUGCCAUCUCGGUUGCAGCAGGUCCCGCUACCGGUGCAAGUAUGAACCCUGCCCGAACAUUAGCACCGUGCGUAUGGAACAACAGUUACCAUAAAAUAUGGAUUUAUUUUGUAGCACCACCUUUGGCUGGUGUUGUUAUGCCCAUAACGUACAAGUAUGUCUUUCGAAGAGAAUUGCAUAAUGAUGGCGAACUAGAAACUACAACUCCCCAAGAACAGGUGUGUGUGUGCGUUAUACAUAAUAAAGAAUCACAAUUUGAAAAGGUCUGAAUGUAAUGGUAAGUUAAAUAAAAAUGAUUUCUACAAACAGAAAA